UUUCUCGCUGCAGUUUGAGCCCGUCUGCAGAGCGAGUCUCUCCGAGGGGAAAGCGAGGGAAGAGGCGCAGUGAAAAUAGGAGGAGGAGGAGGGGGGCUCUUGCGUUUCACAUCAGAGGAGCAGCAGGAAGCGAGGAUAAGGUGUCGGAUAGCAACAACAAGAAAGAAGCAGAGGAGGAAAAAACACAAGAGCCGCUACUCUUGUAUCGGAAAAUGGAGCUACCCGCCGCGGGAGAGCACGUCUUUGCGGUGGAGAGCAUCGAGAAGAAGCGCAGCAGAAAGGGGAGGUCGGAGUACUUGGUCAAGUGGCGAGGAUGGUCCCCAAAAUACAACACGUGGGAACCAGAGGAAAACAUCCUGGACCCAAGACUGCUUGAUGCUUUCCAAGACAGGGAACGCCAAGAGCAGCUGAUGGGAUAUCGCAAGAGAGGACCCAAGCCCAAGCACCUCCUGGUUCAGGUUCCUUCUUUCGCCCGGAGAUCCAGUAUUCUGGCGGACCUUCAUGAGGCGUCCCUGGACGAGGACAGCUGUCAGAAGCCCAGCCCCAUCCAGAUGCUCCGCCCCCAGGGCCAGCAGUACCAGCUCAACAGCAAGAAGCACCACCCGUACCAGCCGCUGUGCAGGGAGCGCGAUGCCGAGCAGCAGGCCAACGGCAAGAAGUUCUACUAUCAGCUCAACAGCAAGAAGCACCACCACUACCAGCCGGACCUCAACGGCCACGAGCCCUUAUUCGCCAAACCCCGAGAGGUAAAAGCUCCGGAGCUGGCUAACAAGGGCUACAACCUUCCCCCGGUGCUGCAGCAAAAGUGGGUCCGGGACAAGGACUCAGGCUGCCUGACCAAAGUCAAGGAUAUCACCAUGGAGCUGAAGAAGCUUCCGGCAGACCUCAAUGGCCACAAAGAGCCGGAGACGGCCAGGCCUAAAGAGGACGCUUUAGCGCAGUCGAACGGCGUCAGCAACGGCAAGCUAAAGAUCGUGAAGAACAAAAACAAGAACGGGCGGAUUGUUAUUGUCAUGAGCAAGUACAUGGAAAACGGAAUGAAAGCGGCCAAGGUUAAAAACGGCGAUUCUGAAACUGGCGAAAAGCCGGCGCUAGGAACAGACACCGGCGCGGAGAACCACCUCGAGAAGAUGAAGCUCGUCAAGAAGCUGGGCCUCAUGAACGGAUUUUCCAAAAACCCCAAAGACAAACCGAGGGUUCCCAGUUCUGGAUUAAACGGACACUGCCCCAAAGAAAAGGAACAGUCCCCCAAAUCGGAGCCAACUGUGACUGAACAGGAUAAACACGUCGGGGUCGGGGGUCAGGGGCAGCUUUCAGCCCAUCGGCCUUUACAAUUGACAACCGAGCCUAAUCCGCUCGCCCUGGCUUUGGAUAGGGGAGUUCCCUCCCCACUGGACAAAAGAGGAAGCCAAGGUGGAUUUCAAGGACUGAAGCGACACCUCUGUGACACAGACAGCGAGGAGCAUGGGAGUAGUAAGAGGUUUGGGACUUCCAGGAGCAUCGGCGCUGCCAACACGGUGUCUUCACCCACCCAAAGCGUCAGCAUGGACCAAAACGGACACCAGAGUCCCAUUGGACUGCAGGACUGCGGGUACGCGGACCAAGAGGAGCCGAUUGACUUGAGCAUGUUCAAGUCCAGGCCUAAAGCUACCCAGCCUGAAACACACCCACAGGCUCAGACUGAAACGCAAGCGAAAACACACACGCAGGACGAAACAGACACGCAAGCGAAAACACAAACGGACGCACAGACGGAAAGUCAGCCCCGGACUGAAACCCAAAAAACUACAGAGGAGGAGAACAUCACUUCUUUGUCCGUUUCCGACCAGGAAAAGAGAAAAGAGGAGACAUUUCCCUCUUUCCAGCCUUUCCUUGGGAAUAUAGUGAUCACAGACAUUACUACAAACUGCCUCACGGUCACGUUUAAGGAAUACAUCAAAGUGUAACUCAACUGGGUACCAACUGUAUAAAUGUACAUAAGAGAUAUUUGUAUUUUCAGAUGUUUGAAUGUACAACUGCCCCCCUUGAUGUUUGUUUUCAUUUUUGUAUAGUUCAGAUAUAAAAAAAAAAAUCCUUUAUUGCGUUAUUUGCAUAUUUCUUCUUCUAAGAUCUUUGUUGUUACUGCUGGAGCUUUUGUCACAUGCAGUAUCUAAUUUCAGCUAUUUCUAACAUAGUUUCAAAAGCCAAAUUAGGUCAAAUAAAUGUCUACACUUUGAUUAAAGAUGCACUUAACUCUUGUAAAUACUCAAUAAUUUGAUUAUACACUCAACUGUCUGCAUCUCAGAUAAGGAUAAACAAGUGUAGGCUAUAUGGGGGAAUUUUGUAAGGAAGAAAAACUAUUGAAACAUGGUAAUUUACACUGUGUGUGUGUGUGUGUGUGUGGUGUGUGUGUGUGUGUGUGUGUGUGUGUGUGUGUGUGUGUGUAAACAGAUGGACAGAUUUAAACAAGGAUGCAUGCCGCUUGGACAGAUUAUGCCAUUGGGCGUGCUUAAACAAGCAGAUAAAGUCAAAUGAAGCGCCUUUCUGUCGAUAAAUGUGAUUUCCAUUGUUAAAAAGGAAAAUGAAAGAUUAUUAAUUGUUAAUGUUUGAUUUAUGCUCCUUUUUAUUUGACCUCCGUUCAAAGGUAAAGUGUGUUUUGCAUCAUGCAUCUCGAGAUCCGAUACUGAGCACAAGUCACUUCCAUUAAGGCGGCAGAUGUACAACUCUGUGACUCUAUUUAUUGUAUGUUUUGUAGCAGCGCAGUGACUAAAAACUGGCUUUUUUCACUUGACUUAUAUCAGUCACCAAUCUCUGUUAACACUGCCUGUCUAGCUGUGUAAUCCAAUAGAUUAGUACCACCAGCUGCGUGCUCCAUGAUUCACUUCUUCAUGUUUCUGUUCUCUGCCUCCCUGACAUGUUAAAAGGCUAUACACAGUUACGUAUGGGAUUGAAUGGAUUGUCUUUCUGUCAUAUUUUGAGUGACUUUUGCAACGUCACAGUAAUUAAAAGUAUGUAAAAGCACACAUGCUUGUCAUAACCAGAUCUGUUCCCUUGUGUCAUACAUGCCCCCUGUACUUUUUUUUCCCCCCCCAGCAAUCCCUUCCAGCACUAUGUGAUCUGAGGUGCAUUGAACUGCUCUGUGAGAACAAUGAUCAGAGGCACUUUUGAUGUUUUGUGUGCAGACUAAAUAAAAUGAAGGCUUCCUAUGAUACAUUUUGCAAUAAUAAAAUUGUUUGCAAGUGACA